AUGGCAAACAACCUGAAUGUUUCAAGCAUGUCUCGCCACGAGAACAAUCUUGUUCUCUCUCUCGACUCCAAUUUUGCUCAAAGCGUUCUUCGUCCAACAGCUAAUUAUGGGAUACAGCCAACCAGCUUUGUUCCUCACAUAGCCCCCCCACUAAUUGGUCUUGGUCAGUACGCUGUUGGCCAAAAGCUAACUGAAACUCGAAGAAUCUAUGUGACUCCAAGUGGGGUACGUGUUCAUACUGUCACUGAAUACUCUUCCUUUGCUCAAACUCAUCAAUUUCAAGCUAUUCCUCCAAGCCAACCAAUGAUCAAUUUUAUGAGCCUUGAUCAAAUCCGCCGAAGUAUUGCAAACAGCGAUACAGCUGUUUUGAAUCCUGAACCUGUGAGUGUCUGUGCACCUGGAACAUUUAUGGCUCAAAACCCUCAUGACCAUAACCAAAAUCUUGACCAAAACCAAAAUCCUGAAACCAACCAACUUGAUACUGCCCAAGUGGGGAUUCCUGAAGACCAAGGGAGAGUCCCCAGCAACCAGAUCAACACGAGUUCUGAUUCAUCUGAAGAUCUACAAGAAAUGGAUCUCGGUGAUGGAAGAACUCAUAGCCUUCCUCACCAGAAAUACGGGCCAUACACUUGCCCUAAAUGCAAUAGUGUGUUUACCACUUCCCAAACUUUUGCAGCGCAUGUGAUAAAAUACUACAGAGCUGAAAGCACCGAAAAAAAACAACAAAGACAAGCAGCAAGAUCCAAAAAGAAGGAUCUUCGCAGGGUUCAUUCACAUGGCAAUGGACUGACAGUGCCGCCUGUGACUGAAAAUAAUGUUCCAUUGAAUGCGAAUGUGAGGAGAAAGAAGGUUGCACGUGGGAAGGGAAAAAUGGCUGGCAAGAGGGUUGUAGAGGAUAAGGUCCGCGAAGAAGGUCAUGGAAAUACUGGUCCUUAUGAAGCAAGCACCUCGUCUCCUGCUGGCAUGGUGAACAAGGAGUCCUUGUAA